AUGUUGUUCUCCACCCUCGCUCCUCUUGCUCUGAGCUUCGUUGCUUUCUACGGGGUCGUCGUCUCAGGUGCUCCUCCGCCUACCACAGUCGUUGCUAUGGGUUCCGCCGGUGUCACGCAAGUCAUGCCCACGGAGACCCCAACUUCAGCUCAGGGCUCGAACAAGAACUUUGGUUCCUUCAUUGAGGGCGUCGUUAAUGGUGUCGUCAGUCUUGCCGAAGGCAAAGCUGUUGCUGGGUCUACAAUUGCGGCGUCCGCUAUUCCGGUUGUUACUGAGAGGAAGGAUUUGUGUUCGACAUGUCACUCGCUCAAUCGUCCGAAUAGGGUUGCUACGGGGCACGUCUCGACUGUUGAGGCUGCUUCUCCUACUGCGUAG